GGAGACAGAGACAGAGGGGACAGGGCUGGGUUCGGUGGCAGGGUCUGGACUUGGUGUGGAGAUGGAGCUUCUCCUCCGGGCGCUGGGCGCUCUGCUCUGCUGCCGGCUGCUGUCCGCUCACACUGUGGAUCUGGAUCCCGCCGGGAAGAACGUCUGCCCCGAUGCCAGGAAGCCCUCUUCCUUGGUGUGUUGUACUGGAUGGCGUCAAGAAGGAAACCAGUGCACAAUACCUGUGUGCGAGGGGGAGCAGGCCUGCCUGAAGGACGAGGUCUGUGUGUAUCCUGGAGUGUGUCGCUGCCCACCCGGCUACUUUGGAGCUCAGUGUAAAACACGCUGUCCUCCGGAGUUCUGGGCUUCGGACUGCCGUCGGGUGUGUCCGUGUUACCCGCACGGGCGCUGUCACCCCGCCACGGGCGAGUGCACCUGCUACCCCAACCGCUGGGGCCCGCUGUGCCAGAACACCUGCCGGUGCACCCGCCACGGCCGCUGCCACCCCGUCCACGGGAACUGCACCUGCUACGAGGGCUGGUGGACGUCCACGUGCGCCCAGCCGUGCCAGUGCUUCGGCGCGGGCUCGGCGGGCGCCGGCUGCGACCAGGCGACGGGCCGCUGCCAGUGCCGCCGCGGCCACUGGGGGCCGGACUGCACCUCCGCCUGCAGCUGCAACCAGUCGCCGUGCGACCAGGGCAGCGGUCGGUGCGAGUGUGAGGCGGGCUGGUGGGGGUCCGGCUGCGAGCAGAGGUGCACGUGUGACCGGGCGCACGGCAGCUGCGACCCGACCUCCGGCCAGUGCCUGUGCCAGCCGGGCUACCACGGUAAACUGUGCAACGAGCCCUGCAAAGACGGGUAUUUCGGGAGCGGCUGUAAAAAGAGCUGUGGUUACUGUGAAAACAAGCGGCCGUGCUCCCCCACCGACGGCGCCUGCUCUGCCUGUGAGCCCGGCUGGAACGGGACGCGGUGCGACCGCACCUGCCCGCCUGGUUACCACGGCAACGGCUGCAAGGAGAAAUGUCCCCGAUGCAGGAAUAAUGAACCCUGCGACCCCAAAACCGGGAGGUGUUGGAGCUGUGACCCUGGAUGGGUUGGACCCAGGUGUGAGGAGGCGUGCCCCGACGGAACAUUUGGAGACGCGUGCCACUUCCUGUGCAGCCCUUGUAUCCAUGGUAACUGCCACCACGUCACAGGAAGGUGUGUGUGUCAGCCGGGCUUCCAGGGAGAAAGCUGUAACAGCAGCUGUCCCGCCCUGCAGUUUGGUCUGAACUGCUCCUCUGUGUGCAGCUGUGGGGAGGGAGUCUCCUGCCACUCCGUCACCGGCUCCUGCCCCAGCAGCAAUCGAGGCGCCAUCCUGGCAGGGGUGCUGGUUCCGUUGCUGCUGCUGCUUCUUGCUGUGCUGUGCUGCUGUUUGUGCUGCGGAGGAGGACCAGCUGAUGGCAAAGACAGGGAGACAGUGGCUGACGGCGGCCUGUCGGUCCGGAUGAAAUAUCACGUCUACAGUGUUCUGGCCAACAUUGGUGCUGCUCUGCCCUGUAUCUCCAACUGGUCCUCUGGACUGCCUCGCGUCACAGUCUCUCACCACGACCCGGAGCUGACCUUCAACCACAGCUUCAUCGAGCCUCCGUCCUCCGGCUGGGUGACGGAGGGUUCCUCUUUCGACAGCGAUGAGGAGGAGGGAGAAGCUCUGUACUGCGUCCCCCCGAGAGAAGACAUCCCGGCUGUGGCGGCCGGAGAGUUUCAGGAGAUGAGCUCCAAGUGCAACAUGUUCCUCGACCCGUCGGGCUUCAGCAGCGAGGACAUCACGUCACCCUUCAACAUCCCUCGCACCUCCAGCAUCGCCAAGUCCAAGCGGCCGUCCGUCUCCUUCGCAGAGGGCACCCGCUUCAGCCCCAAAGAGAGGCGGGGCUCGGCUCAGGACCCGGCGGCUCUCCAACGCAGCAAACCCAAGUCACCCUGGGGCGUCCUGAUGCUGUCGGCUCUGCAGAGCCAAGGAGCUGCAGCCAGGACUGGUGAGGAGGAGGAGGAGGGUGGGGGCGAGGAGAGGGAAGACGCAGUGGAUGUACAAGCAGAUUACGAGGAGUCGGAGCAGCAGGCGGGGAACCAGGUGGAAGACAAAACCCCGUCUCAAGCCACCUCGCAGGUUUUUGGGUUGUCGGGAAGAAAACGGACCGUGUCCAACGCAGCCGCCCAUAAAGGGACGCAGCAGUCAACAUCUGGCUCCGAUGCGCCGGCGGGCGGCUCCAGUAAGGUCACCACGGUGUACGUUACCGUGGGUAAAGCAGGCAGGCCUGUGACAAAGACAGAGCCGAGCUCUGAGGGGCCGGUUCAGGCCAUGCUGAGGAGACUGGGCAGCCUGCAGAGGCAGCGGGAGCAGGAGCCCAGCAGGUCCAAACCCCGGGGAGCCGAGGGGAUCACCAAGCCCCCCCGGAGGAAGCUGGGGGCCCGGGCCAGCCUGUGGGAGCAGGGAGGGGCGCCUGCAGGGGAGGCUGCAGUGUGCAAGCCGGUCCGGAGGAAGCCCGCCUCCCACAACCCUCCCGAUUCAGCUUCGGCCGCUCCCAACGAGGCUCCGCCCUCAGAGGGCGUCGCUCCCAAGCGGCCGCUCUCAUCCAUUUUGAAGAGCGUGCCGGAGCUGUCCUCUGCUGACCCGGGGUCAGAUCGGAGGGCCGACGCUGACAAGAGUGGAGCAGAAACGGAGAGCAACUACCUGACGGUGGGGCCAGCAGGGGACGCCGCAAGUCUCACUGAGAUCAUCACCAACGAAGGAGCCGCGGUCAGCGUGACAGAUGAACCCUGCUAUGAGAAUGUCCUGGUCAAACCCUCCUAAACACACCAGCGGGUCUGACAGAAACACGCCUGCCUGUUAUUGUGCAGCCGUUACCCUCCAGACAGUCCUCCGUUCAAUUUGACUGACAGUUUAUGAUGGUUAGAAUGAGGAAGAAAACGUUAAAACUAUGGGAAUGAAUCUGAAAGGUUGCUGGAGCGAUGACUGUUAACUUGACUUCACAGUCCAAAAACACAUGUGAGGUUAACUGGUGACCAAAAGCUGCCGUUACGUGUGAAUCUGUGUGUGUGUGUGUGUGUGGUUGUAGAUUAUUGAGGUUCAUUAAGCUGAACAGACAAUAUUCAGCUAUGAUCAGUAUGGAGGAACAUAUUGUUGAGAAGAAAUGCGUGACUCAGUUGAUACACUGAGUGAUUGUUCCUCAUGUUUGUGCAGGCUGCUUUUUAAAUGUUUUUAUUGAGACCAUGACAACAGACAGAAGUGUUGUGUUCAAGUCGCCGUCUCCCCGCUGCUUCUCAGACCUCCGACUUUCUGUCACCAGGAAGGUAAAUAUGAACACGAAGUGGCCGAAAGCACGGUGGACUGCUGUUAUGUCUUUUUUACACUUUUUUUUAUGUAUGUUAAAGAUGACAAAUUAAAGAAAUAAAAAUCUUGGAAUUUGUA